AUGAAGAAAUCCAAUCUCCCAAUAAUUUUCCUCCAUCUCCUAAUAACCACCACUUUCUCCUCCUCCGCGUCCGCAGACAAUCCAACCUACGCCGCGUUUGUCCACUGCCUAACCCAACAAAACAUCCCGCCCAACAUCUCCUCAAAAAUCGUCUUCCCCCCAAACGCGCCCCAAUUCCCCGCCGCCCUCCAUUCCUACAUCCGCAACCGCCGCUUCAACACCACCGCCACCCGCAAACCCGCCUUCAUCGUCCUCCCCACCGCCGACCCCCACGUCUCCGCCGCCGUCCUCUGCUCUGCCCGCCUCCGCAUCCACCUCAAGAUCCGCAGCGGCGGCCACGACUACGAGGCCACCUCCUACACCUCCGACGACGACUUCGCCCUCCUCGACCUCUCCGAAUUCCGCUCCAUCCGCAUCAACUCCUCCGCCAAAACCGCCACCGUCGGCCCCGGCGCCACCCUCGGCGAACUCUACUACCACAUCUGGAAAAACUCCAAAACCCUCGCCUUCCCCGCCGGCGUCUGCCCCACCGUCGCCGUCGGCGGCCACAUCGGCGGCGCCGGCUACGGCAACAUGCUCAGGAAACACGGCCUCACCGUCGACCACGUGUCUGACGUCACAAUCGUCAUCGGCAACGGCUCGAUCCUCAACCGGGCCUCCAUGGGCCCAGACCUUUUUUGGGCCUUACUCGGCGGCGGGCCCGCCAGCUUCGGUGUCAUCCUCUCGUACGAUAUCGAGCUCGUCCGCGUCCCGCGAACCGUCACAGUUUUCCAAGUCAAGAAGUACCGAUCUGACCGCGCUGCGGAAGCCGUUUACGAGUACGAAAAUAUCGUCUCCUCGAUGCCCGACGAGCUAUUCAUCCGAGUCCUCAUCCAGCCUGUUACUGGCCCGGAAAAUGGAAAAACCGUGCGCGCCACGUUUAUCGGGCAGUACCUCGGCCGAGCAAAAAACCUACUCAACAUAACGUCUCGGUUAUUCCCGAGCCUCGGGUUGACAAACGAGUCGUGCCACGAGAUCCCGUGGAUACAAUCGGUUCUCUACUGGGACGAUAGGGAAAACGGCCUUGACCGCACUCCCAAGGAGCUCCUUAACCGAGAGCUCAACACUGCGAGUUUCGUCAAGAGGAAAUCGGACUACGUGAAGAAAACGAUACCGAUAGUCGAGCUCGAGGCGAUAUUCGACAAGGUGAUACAACUCGGGAAAGUCGGGAUGGUUUUCAACUCAUAUGGUGGGAUAAACAGUAGGAUUUCAUCGAAUGCCACGGCGUUUCCACAUAGGGAAGGGAAUCUUUUCAAGAUUCAGUACUCGGUUAAUUGGGACAACGAGGCGGAUAGCGAAAAGUACGUCGAGCAGUCGAGGGAGCUUUACGAGUUCAUGACGAAGUACGUUUCGGAAAAUCCAAGGGAAGCGUAUUUGAAUUAUCGGGAUUUGGACAUCGGAGUGAUGCCGGCCCGAGAAAACAGCUAUGAAAUCGGGAAAGUUUACGGGGAGAAGUAUUUUAAAGAUAAUUUCCGGAAGCUGGUGAGUGUCAAGACAAAAGUUGAUCCUGAUAAUUUUUUCAGGAAUGAACAGAGUAUUCCGACAUGGGGCAAGAAAAGGCUUUGA